UUGUCCUGUGUGAAAGUCAUUCUAAUGCUUAGUCACAGAACAUAUUCAUUUGAUUAAAAGGUUUUUUUUUUUCCGAUUGGAAAAAGCUUCUUUUUCACAAUGGAACCUGAUCCUAAGAAAGCCAAACUAUCCAAAGUCCUGAUUCGCCUGUGUGAUGCCUUCACUCGUACUGAGGGAAACAUUAUUUGUCCUCUCAUCAAAGCAGAAAACUCAGUCCGUGUUCUCUACAAACUAGAGGAAUAUGUUUUACACAGAAUUGUUCGACAGGCUGGUGCUGAGAUUGGGCUCACAAAUCCAACCUUCCUGUGGAAAUCAGGAGCAACUUACAGGAAUAUGGAAGGCAAUUUAUUUGUUGAAUAUUUUGCUUCUGUGAGUUUUGAUGAAAAUAACCUAAAGCAAUACCAGAAAAUGCUGGCACAGAAGUUAACAGCGGUGUCAAAAGUAAAACACAUUUUGAUUGAUUAUGUUAGAGACACAGAAGAUAUAAUUCCACAGCCGAUAAUCUCAGAAACCAGUUUUAAACUCCACAAGCUUAAACUGUGCUAUGAGGGCCUUACGACAAUCUCUGAAGACAUUGACAAGGAACCUGAUCUUAAUGUAAUCGCUGAUACCAUCAAAUCCAACUUCGAUGAUUUAAGAGGACAAUAUACAAAGUUUGCUGUUAUGUCUGAGAAUGGUAAAGGGAAGAGUUUCAUCCUUAACCUGCUCCUACUCCUAACAGCAGAUAAUAAUGAAGAAUAUAAGGAAAAUAAUGCCAAUUUAAAGCUGCCACAGGAUAUUGAAGAAAACAAAACAGUGGAAGAAAUAGAAGAAGAUGAAGAUCUGCCAGAUGUGGUAAAAGAUGUUCUAAAAACAGCAACGUACAAGGAUCAAUGUGCCAAAACUGUAAUAGAAUCUUUGUGUUGUCAGCUUCCAAGGCAUAUUGAAGAAAACAAAACGGUGGAAGAGACAGAAGAAGAUGAAGAUUUGCCAGAUGUGAGCAUCAAACAAUCAAACAGUUCACUUUUAAAUCUGGUCAACUAUUUUUCUGCAAGAAGCACAAUAGAUGUAGAACCCUUCAUUCUUGCUCAGAAGAAAAGAGAGGAAAAAUAUGAGUCUACUACAAAAUGCAUUAUUCAUCUGAGAUAUGGUACAGUUUACCAAAUGAGUGUGAAUUACUUUACAGAAGAAGAACUUCAACAUCAACUAUUUGAUUUGGUCACUUUGAAUGGAGAGGAUGCAGUUGUGUUUCAAGUAAAAGAAAGAGCUCUAGACUGCUUAAAGGCACGGUUUCAAAUUCUAACUGAUCAUGAGAUUCCCAGUGAUAUCGAGGAAAGCAAUGGCAAAUUUAAUUCUGCCAAAGAUAUUGUUCUUUCUGAAGAUGUCAAACAGUUUGCUGGACAGACAGAAUUAUAUAUUGGAAAUGGUAGAGAUGCCCUGAAGGACCGACUUGCUAUGCAGGCUAUUCUAAGGCAACUAACAACUUCCCAAGAGGAAGACAAGGACAAAGCUGAAGAAUACAAAAAGAGAAUUGCUGCUGUCAAGCAAAUAAUCAUUUAUUUGCCCAGCAAAAUACUGUAUGGUGGCAAAGAAAUUCUGGAAAUGCCAGGAACAGAUGAUUCUGACCCAAUGGCAAUGGAUUUGAUCAAAACUACUCUGAAUGAGGUGGAUGCAGUCAUUGUUGUAAGUGAUUUAUCUGAGAUUGCAGAGAAAGAAGUGAAAGAUCUGCUGUUUAGCAGUGAUUUGGCAAAAUACUGGAAAGAAAACCCACGCAGUUAUAAACUUAUACUCCUUGCAUAUCCAGAAAAGAACGAAUUCCAAUUUGGAAAAGAUGAUUCAGAAACCAUUCAACUACUGGAAGAACAAGAAAAGAAGAAAAGAAAAGCAGUGCUGAAUCUGAACAGAAAAAUGUUGAAAAUGGACACCGAUGAUUUGAAGAACAGCAUUAUUACAGAAUAUAUAUUACCAUUAUUACACACAUCUAUUCUUGCACAACCUACAGUACAGGGAGAAGAAUACAGAGUAUUUCAGAAAAAUCAAACAUUUUUGCAAUAUACUGGAAUUAACAAUCUCAUAACUAUAAUUGAUGAAUUUGUGUCAUCACGGCAAAAUGUAACCACUGAAGAGGUAAAAGCACAGCUCUCACAUUUUCAUCACGAAAUACAUUCAAAAAACAUUACAGAAGCAGCAAGAUCAUUUCUGCACGCGCUAAACAGCAGGGAAAACAAGGUGAAAUGUGGAAAAAAUCUGAAUAUUGAUAGAGACUGGAUUUACUUUGAUGGGGAAAUAAAAAAGAUGCUCUGUGAUCUUGUAGAAACUGAGAUUCAUGUAGUCUUAAAAAUGAAUAUUGAACAUGCAGUGAUAAACUGGAUAAGGAAUAAGAACAAAAUUCAGUCACUUGGGAUUUUCAGUCCUCACUUCUGUGGAAGAAAUCCUGUGUACAAGAUGCUAUUGUACAAUAUUUUCUUUGAUGGCAUAAAAGAAAAAAAAGUGCACCUUUUCCGUGUAAUGAAAUCCAGAAUUGAAGUUUUAUUCAAACAAUGCAAGAGUAAAAUCCUGAACCGAUAUGAGGUGUUCCUAAGGAGUCUGCUAAGACACAGUCAUGAUCCCUUCACUUUGCAAUUUGUCCAAAAUACCAUGGAAAAGAAACUGAAUGAUGAACUGGCAUGGUAUUUAGAGACGAAAGGGGGCCUGUAUAGUGUGGAAACCAUGACAAAAUGUUUUGAAGAGAGUCAAAAUGAAAGUUUCAGGAAGAACAUUCUUGUACCAAUUUACAGCAGCAACAGUCCUUUAAAAACGGUAAUACAAAAUUCGAAUGUGAAUGCGGGAAAAUAUGAAAAGCGGAUCUCACUCCAACAUGGCCGAAGCUUGUCUCUCCUCCAGCAGCAUCCCGCGACAACUAUACAGACUGAUAAAUAUCUGAUAAAUAUCAUCACUUGCAUGAUGGAUAUAAAGCAGCUUUUUCUAAACAAGCUAUCUGCUUUGCACGAGGAGAGACUUGCGGACAAACGUAUGACACCGGAAAGAUCUUCUAAGAUGUGGCAGCGGCUGGUGCACCACAUGCAACUGAUUUCCAAUCUCAGACACCAUCGCCGGCACAGCGACGUUCUUGAGGAUUUAAUUCAUAUGAUGUCGGCAAACUUGGAUGAACCCUAACGGUUGUAGAAAUCCUCACCUAUACGUGAUCGCUAGAAAGAAAUGGAAAACAACAUUUUUAUAAAAGCUGUUUAGACCAGUUAUUUUUGUUAACAAUUUACAUUUUGAUAUUAUAACUUUUUUGAUACUAUAUUAUUCUGUCCUGGGUGCCUUUAAUUUAAAUGUAUGCUGGCAGUUUUAUGGGUAAAUUGCCUAUACCAUCCCUGGACCUUUGCUUUCUUUAGUGCUGACUGUUCUACACCCUGACUUCCAACUCCCCAAAGGGAGCCACCAUCCGAACUUCAAGCAGCUAAACAGCUGAACAUAUUUUGUGGAAGAAAAUACUGUAUAAUAUUAAAUAAUAAUAUGUUAUUUUCAUUUUCUAUAUAAAAAAAGUAGAAGUAGAUUUUCUUGUACUGGUUAGUACUCUGAAUACAUGGCUCUUGGAUAAAUGAAUUGAGUGGCCUGUGCUUCAUCUUGCAGUGGUUAUUCUUCUUCCAAAUAAAUUACAAUUCUAUAUACUGUA